CUUACGCCUAGAAAUUUAUUUGCUGGUUAUCUGUCGUUGUCUGUUAUAAUUUGCAUUAUUCACACCAUUCAGCAGCAGGUCUCCUAUGCAUUUAUUACAGUCAGCGUUGGUGGCUUCGGCGCUGCUUGUGUCGGCGGCGGAGAGCGAUCCUUGCGACAAGUAUUUCACCAACCCCAACACAGACUGCAUCAGGACUUACAAAUGCGAUGUCAGUGCAAGCUCCAUCACUAUCUAUGAGGACUGUCCCCCAGGAAGCGAACUUUUAACUGCUAUGGAUAUAAACCCAGCACAGGACUGCAACCACUUGACUGUGAAUGGAAAAACAGUUCAACUAAAAGCAGAGUUGGACGCCGAGAAGGACAAUGUAUACAAAAUCAACUGCAAUCUAUUUGAUGAAUCAUACUUAACGGAAUUCCCUGUAGAGAACGUGAAUGAAUUCCAGCCUCAAGUUCAGGACCAAAGCCCAAUUUUUGAUAUUAGGGUCCCUGAGGAAGACGGUCCAAAAGUCAUCACCACCUUCAGUUAUCGGGACGAAGACUACAAGGAAACUGAGAACCUGAUUUGUGAGCUGAAAAGCGGUGAUAUCGACAAUUUAUUUGAAGUUGAAUCGAAAUACGAGAACGAUAUGAUGAAAUUUUCUCUCAAAACCAAAGAUUCGCUUGAUUUCGAAAAGAUGAUGUAUUAUAGACUCGAGUAUGAGAUUAAGAGCACAGACAUCCGUGGAGAAUCCAAGACGGCGGAGCAGACGAUCCUCGUGUUCGUGGAUGACAUCGGGGACAACCCGCCCUACUGGAUCAAGACGAAGCCGUCGGUCCUGCUCGGGGAAUGCGGCGCUGGCGAGCUCGUCGUCCAAGUGGAAGCUAGUGACAGAGAUGUCGAGGUUAAUAAUAAAAUACAAUACAGCAUUACGGACGGAAACGAUGAAGGGUUCUUUAGCAUUGAUGAGAACAGCGGAGAGGUCAAGACUGCGAAGGAGGUCGACCGCGAGUUGCUGGCCACGACGACCUUCGCCCUCACCAUCACGGCGACGGAGGUCAAUGCCGACAACACCCCGGUGGACGAACCCAAUUCGUCGACGCAGGCAACGAACAUAUAUAUCGUGGAUGUGAAUGACAACAUACCCAGCUUCAACAAACGCGAGUACUACGCUGAGAUCGACGAACUGAGUGAAGAGCUUUUUCUCAACAUCGACAUAUUUGUAACGGAUUUGGACGAGGGACUGAAUGGAACCUUCACCCUGAGUUCAGAUAAGCCAGACGACUUAGUGAUAUCUCCAAGCCAAGGAAUGGGGAAUCAGACGCUCUCUCUCAAGGCGAUGUGGCGUGGCGAUGAUACAUUAUUCGAUUAUGAGACGACACAAGAUGACCUCACGUUUACGUUAACAGCAACUGAAUCAAGUAACCCAUCAAACUUAGACACAGCCACCCUCGUCGUUAAGAUCAAUGACGUGAAUGACAACAGUCCAGUUUUCUUGGAGAAUGAAUACAACGUCGACGUAAACGAAACGGAGAAAAUGGGCUUCAUUGUGGCCACCGUGAAGGCAACGGACAAGGACAUAUCACCGGAAUUCGGCACAGACAGUAUCAGAUAUUCAUCGACGUGUGAGAAUAAACUGCUUGUCGACGCGAUAACAGGUGAAGUCGCUCUUGCGGACGACAAUGUUCUCAAUUAUGAAUCAACUACAACGCUACAGUGUAAUAUAGAAGCCCGUGACCUCAAUGGAGAUUCAGCAGGGAGAAGCGGCACCACCAAGGUCAAAAUUACGGUCCUUGAUGUUGUAGACGAGCAGCCCUCCAUACAGCAACCUGAUGAAGUGACCAUAUUAGAAAAUACUCCUGAGGGUACGCAAGUAGGCCAAGCUGUAACGGCAACGGACGCAGAUAAAGGCGCCAGCAUCGACUUUUCCAUUGACUCGGCAAAGACUAAAGCAUAUUUACAGAAUAACGAAGUCAACCCUGCCACCGUGAAUGGGUGGUUCGUAAUAUCUAAUAAAAAUAUUAAAGCAAACGACUACAGCGCCGUGGUGAGUGUUGGGAGUAGCGUGCCUGACCGUGAAAAAGCAGACAGAGUGGAAUUGACCAUUGUGGCCACAGAUGUCAGCACUCAAUCGGGCACUGGCUAUACAUCCACUGUUUUCACUAUCAACAUCAAUAAUACGAAUGAUGAGGCACCAUACUUCACCAGUGACUACAGCAAACAGCAAGUGACGGAAGAGGUCCCUGAGGGAACGCUCAUCGCCAAGCUCCUUGUCAAUGACAACGAUCUUGACGAUACCAUUGACAUGAACAUCAGUGACGACAGCUUGGUGAGGGUCGUCAUGGAAAACGACGACUUCAAAACAUGGAACCUGGAGGUCUCCCCGGGAGCGAGAAUUGACAGGGAGAAACAGGCCGAAAUAAUUGUAACCGUGACAAUCACAGACAGCAAUGGAGCUUCAAGUGAAAUGGAGAUUACAAUCAGUAUCACAGACAUUAAUGACAACACCCCAGUGAUAGAGAAAUGCACCCUUGAGGUAGAAGUUGCCGAGGAUAAGCUCACCGGCUAUUACGUUACAGACGUUAAGGCCUCGGAUGUCGAUAAAGGAGCUCACGGUGAGGUUAGAUAUUACCUCUUCAGUUACUCGCAUGGCAUACCCUUCGCUGUCAACGACCAAACAGGUGAGGUGACAGUGCUGCUGGAGGAUAACCAGCGCGUCCUCGACAGGGAGCUGAAGGCAAGUUGGGAUCUCGUCGUCUACGCCCAAGACGGAUGCGAGAACGGAGAGGUCGACUGCCAGGCAAAGUCUAGUGACUCUUGCAACAUCGUAGUGACGGUCACCGAUGUCAACGACGAGGCACCCGACAGAUUCGACUUGAACCCACCUGCAGAAACCUUCACUGUGCACGAGGACAUGCUUGAGGGCGAGUGGGUCGGGGGCGAGGAACCGUUCAAAAUCAGGGCUCAAGAUGAUGACCAGCCCGGGACUGUGAACACGAUAAUCACUUACUAUGUCGAGUGGGUUCGUAAGGUCGGAGGGACAGAGAAUCUCGAUUUCUUUACAGCUGUCAACAAGAAUGAAACUUGGUCGGAUGGCAGCAUUUCAUACUACUGCCAGCUGAUGGCUACACAGGACUUAAUGUGGCAAAGGGGGUCAUAUGAGAUACUCUUGGUGGCCGAAGACAGCGGAGAACCGAAACUUUCCGGCAACAAAACAUUCGAUAUCGAGAUCCUAGAUUCGAACGACAACGCUCCAGAGUUCGUGUUCUACGGGUGCCUCGCCGAUGGAUUGCAAAUCAAAAUGGAAGAGAAUAAAUACGAAGCUGGAAGCAAAGUCCUAUGCUCAACAGAAGAAGACGUGAGGCCACUGCAGAUCUACGUGGUAGACGAAGAUAUAGGCGAGAACAGGGACUUUGACUGCGAGAUUGACUACAAAAAUUCAACUGCCGUAGCUGUAAACGGUACUGAUCAGCUUCAGGAAUUUGAGCUCAGACGGGAAUCCGAUCAGUGUGUCUUAUAUGUGAAUUCGGUCAUUGACAGAGAAUCAGGCCGACGAUACAAUCUUUCUCUACACGUGAGGGACAAGGGGACGCCGCCGCUCGAAUCCUGGGAGUAUUUGGAAGUCAUUGUCACCGAUGCCUUUGAAGCCCCGCCUUACUUCUGCCUCGAUGGGCGGUGCACUCAGACCAUCUACAUGAAAGAGAAUGACCCCGCCGUGGAAGCCAACUUCUUGGAGGGAACAGACACAGACAACAUUGAUUUCGAUCCAAAUGACCCUGGGACCUAUCAGGAAGUUUAUUAUGACAUUGUAGGAGGGAGCACCAAUUUCUUCCAGCUGGGAGACAGGACGAAGAACACCAUCCAACUCAAGAACCUCCCCCAGGGGCUCGACCGCGAGGGCAUGCCCGAAUACCAACUCUACAUCGACGUCACCAACGACCCCGCCACGCAGCCGCCCAUCUCCGAGGUUAUCGCCAGAAACUAUACUCUUUAUUUGACAAUCAAAGUCCAGGAUGAGAACGACAACUCGCCAGAAUUCCAGAAAGCGAUUACAAUUGCAAGCUUUACGCAGAAUGAUGAAAAGGGCAAAAGAAUUGCUGUAAUUCAGGCCACCGAUCUCGACCUGAACGAAACCAUUACCUACGACCUCGGAAAAUUCACCUGGAAUGACACGGAUGGAACGGCGCCCACUGAGGAGCCAUUCAAAUUAGAGAACGGUGCAGACCUGAUUCUUAAUUUUAAGCCAACAGGAUUGAACAGUGGAUACUGCACAUUCCCUAUAAAUGCAUACGACAAAGAUGGCAAAACAAACUUCACAACAGCAAAGGUCUAUGUCAUCACAAAUGCCUUCCAGCUUCCAGUCGUUUUCAAUAACGAUAUUAGCAUGGUGUCAGAGAAAACAGAGGAUAUCGAAGAAAUAUUCACGUCGGUGUACCAAUACUCGUGUGUUGUGGACAGCACGACGACGCAGACCUCCGACACGGGCGAGGCGGUGGAGGGGAAGACCGUGGUGUUCAUGCACUUCAUCGACGAAACGCACAACGAGCCCGUCCCGAAGGAUGCCAUUAUUCAGCAGACGACGGACGUGGAAGUCAUCAAAGAACUCCGAAGGAAGUUGAGUGAGAUUAACCUCAACUUGAACUCAGUCGGAGAUGAACAGAUCGUUACCGAGAGCAAUGACACACUCUUGCUGCAGGUGCUUUUGGGAGUAGUGUCAUUAGUGCUGGGUUCGCUAGUGGUCCUCCUCCUCAUUGCAUACUGCAUCAGGACGCGAAGCCUCGAGCGCCAAGUUAAGGUGCUGUCGACUAACACCUUCGGAUCCAAGGGGUCGGACUUGAACAGGGCUGGAAUGGAAAUGGAAGUCGUCCCCGGCAGCAACAUGUUCAAGGGAGAAGGAGCGAAUCCCAUGUACAAUAUGAGUGAGGAUGAGCUGAGGAAUGAUGACACGAGCAGUAUUGGAAGUGGAGAUUCCGUACUGGUGGGCGUGGAGGACAAUCCUGAAUUCAAGAACUACAUCAACCGCCGCGUCAACACCCCGGCUCCGUUCGAGAGCGCGUCGGGCGCGCGGUCCAUCGACCAGGUGUCGGCGCCCGCUGCCUUCGCCGGAACGAGCAGAUCCAACCCGCUGCUUGACAUGGACGGAGUGGAGGACCGUGACCUCUCGGAAGCGCUGAAGGACUUCGAGGUGACUAUCCGCCGAUCGUCCUGUGAGUCGGAUGGGUCUCUUGGCCACGAUAACCCCAACUUUACCUUCGGGAAGUGAGGCCCGUGCUCCCAUUCCUCCUUGUGGAUAUUAUGAGGACUAUACUGUGCUUCCUCGUUGAUUCAUGUAUAUGUUUUGAUUAAACACUGAAUGUGAUAGAAAUGACACCCACGUAAAUCCACGUACACACAUACACACACACACAUACGCCCGAGCGCGCGAGUAGACAUACGUACAUACUCAAAUGCACAAAUUAAGAUGUAAUACCACUGUCUAGAAUACUAUCUUUGAUCAGACGACAUUCUUAGUGAAAUAUAAUAAAUAAACUGUUUUCUGUAUGACAUAACCCGAAGACUGCAGAUCGUCAUGAUCCUGGAACACUGAGUAUAUGUUCAGAAGUCUAAAUAAACGACAUAUCUGUUUACCAAAUAUGUUGUAAAUCAUUAGGAGGGCAAUAGUAGAAUUACAGUGCAAUCAACGAAAAUACAUCCAGACACACUGAUAAAAACGGAUUCGAAACGUAAAUUAAAUAUCUUGUGGAAUGAUCAAUUUUAAUUCGCACUUUUUGCUACUUUGAAGGAUAAGCUGAAGAUGUAUAUAUGAUAUCUAUUCGUUUCCUUUCGUUCACGUAAUCUUAGUAGACUGUGGAAUGGCCGUAAUAUUUUGUUCAGGGAAACUACAAUCUACAUUCUUAUUCAGUAGAUCUUGAAAGUAUUUACAUGUAGAAUAUCUGUUAAUUUUGAAUAGUAUGAUAGGUAUAUAAUGACAAAAAACACUACUCUGUUGGAUACCACCCUCAUAAUCAGAAAUAUGCGUGAAUUUUAAGUAUAUUCUUUCAUUAAACUUCAUUGAUUACCUAAAGCGCAGCAGCGUCUCCAUACUGAAGAAGGCAGUAAAAAGUCAGACAUUAUUCUUUACUUUUAUAAGAAAUUAGCCCUUUUUUCCUGUCUUUCAUUUACUCGUAGUUUUGAAGUAAUUAGAGUACAGGGCAACAGAGAAGGAUUGAAAAUACUGCAACGAAACUUUUGUUUUUGGAGUUACCACAACAAAAUGAAUGGUGCGUGAAGUUUGUUCCUGGUGUUUUUUAUUUUUUUCUCCUACAUAUUAUUUGGGAAGCAAUAGGGUUGCAUGAUUUUAGCAGUAAUGGUGAAUAUGUUUAUAAAGGAGAUAGGCAUCUCUAAAAUUGAGCCCAAAAAUUUACUGUUAUCACGUAUUAUUAGAAUUAUAGGUUUACUUGAGUCAAUUUUGAUUAGUAAUAUUAUCUUUAUCAUCAUUCAAUCAGACAGACCAGAAAAAAAAAUGUCAUUAAUGCUAUGCAUAGUUAUAUUCUUCGGAUAUGUUAUCACUGAAUAGUUACGUUUUUUCUCGGUAUUAUAAUAUUAUUCUUAACACGAAUGGUGACACCAUAUACCAGUGAAUAUGAUUUCCAUUUCCAAAAUUUUCUUUUAAUUUGAUACAAGUUCUUUAUGUGAAAUACGGAUGCACGUGUUCUGUGUAUCUUUGUACCUUCUUUCAGAGAAAUUUCAUAUUUCUUGUUUUGGAAGAUUUUGUCAUUGUAUUGGGAGUCUGCAAAACAAACUAUUACAUGUACAGAUGCACACAUAUGCGCGGUUGUAUUGUAUAUAUGAAAUCAGGUAGGCUAUAAAGUAUUUAAUUUUAUUGGUUCUUACAAUGAAUUAAUUGAAUAACCAUCAUAUAUUUGCAUCAAUCUGAUCCUUCCAUGACUUUACAAAUUAUUGUAACAGAUUUUUCAAAAAUAUCUUGGACGAUAAAUGCACCCUUAUUCUCCUGGCUAACACUACUCCGCAAAUGCUUCCUUUUACUACUGCAAUUAUUACGAUGAUAAUAAUAAAAUUAAUGUUAAUGAAUUUAAUACUGAUGUCAUUUUCAAGUGUAGGUAAGGCAAUACCUUGUACCUGUAUGUUGCUAUUUAUUGCCAGGUACAUCGAUUUUUUUUUUUUUUUUUUUUUUUUUUUCUUUAAUCAAAAUUUCAUUUUCCUUCAUCGUCUUAUGCAAUACUCUACAAUAGUUUGAAAGGCUGCCUACCCCAGUCCCAGAGUUUUGGACUGGGAUAUCUCUGUUGUGUGGCCUUCACUGUCACUGGGCUAAAUGUUCCUUUUAAAGCAUUAAUAAUUUUGCUGUGUUUCGUGCAGGCUAGUCAUUGAAUGGUUGUAUAUAGCACCCUAUGCUAUAAUCUUCUGACAUGAAGAUUAAUUGCUAUAGGAUAAAGUUGAGAAAUUAUUAAGUAAUAUUUGGUAGGUAAUAUCCUAACACUGCCUAUACACUUUCCAAAACUCCUAUAAAACAUCACUUGCCUGCAAAUUGAGAAUCAUUUACAUACAUAUCCGGUGUGUUGCCAUAAGCUUUCAUUAUGACAGUUUUACAUUAUAUACAUAAAGCCUUGAAUGCUAUGCACUAAACAUAUUUGUUAUCCUGUAAAAGCUUGGGCCAUCCCCUGUAAGGCCGAUGUCUACAACUGUAUAAGACCAGUGUCAGUGGCCCAAAUGGUAUUAGUGUAUAUAUGUCAUAAAUCCACUGUCUGUUUUGAGUGUGUUAGCAUUGUAUUGAGUGCAUAUAUGUAAAGCAGCAUAUGCAAUGACACAGAAAUCUGCGUAUAGAAUAUCAGAAUAUCACUAAAAAGGUUACUUUUAAUAAAAGAAGUAUACUUAGUUUAUGCAAUCUUUAUUUUGUGUUUAAAAAUGUAAACAUAAGCAAUGCAGAUAUAGAAAACAGAAUUACUGUGCACAAACAAUCAAAAGUAUUUGCAUGAAUUUUUCCCUAAUAUAUGCCAGAAACAGUAUAGUAUCAAAUUACUAAACAUUCAUAUAGCAUAAUUCAGGCAAUAUUUAUACAUGUUGUACAUAAAAUACAAGAGUACAGUUUAUUUUGACAUCUUUACAUCUCUGCCUGUAAGUCAUUAGGAAAGACAUUUAAAUACAGAACUCAAAGUAGAAUAGCUUUAGAAUAGUAAUCUACCAAAUUAUAAUAAUACUAAGUAAAUAAAUAAUAAUAAAACACACUGUCUUUCUUAUGCAAUUAUAUUCAAACUCUGAUAAAUGAGUAAUGCCAACUAUCUUGGUAAGAAAAUUUUACUAAACCAAUUAAGCAACAAGUGUCUGGCAAGUUUAUACUAUCCUCUAAAUCAACAUUUCCAGUACCAGGUUAGAUUAGAAAUGUCUUUUGAAAAUGUAAUCAAAAUACCAUGCAGAACAUAAUCUUAUUAGCAACAUCAAACUAUCUCACGCUCCUCUUAUCCGGAAACGCACAUACAUAAACACACAUACACAAGCAAAUGGACCAAUGUACUUACUAUACAAUAAUUUUUCUAUGCCACAAUGGGAGCCAUUAUAAAUCACAGACUCAAAUCUAAUAAUGUGGUUUACUAUAUAUUUAUACAUAUAUCUAUAUAUUUACAUUAUGAUUAGACUCUCCUUUGAAUUAUCACCUGCUGAUGAUUACAUUAUUCAUAGAACAGUUUCCAGAAGGUGAAAUGUCACUGUCUUUAUGAGUUUUGAAACAAUUAGUUUUAAUAUCUUUGCUCAGUGUUCUAAAAGGUUAAUAAUCAACACAGUUGGUAUUAGUAAGCAAAUUUUUGUUUUGUUUCUUUACUGUAAAUAAUAAUAAACUUCAAAGGGGUAAAAGAAAAACCUUCCGGCUUUUAAACAUUUGAGCUGACUAGCCUCUAGAAGUAUUACGGUACUUUGCCUGAAAUGGAAUGUAAGUUGAUCUGUACCCUGGUAUAACAUACACAAUACACUUGAAAAUGACAAACACAGUAAUACCUAUAAUAAAAAGGUUAAUGCAUAAUGGAACUUACAUUACAAUUUCUAAUAUAAACUUUAAGGAGGUAAAUGAAAGAUAUAUAUAUGCUAUAUUUCUAUUCAGCUAACUGGUCAGUUCAUAUAAGUACAGUAAACUCUUAAUUUAAACUGUUAUUCUAAAAUCUAAUAACAUCUAGUCAUUAUUGUUUAGAAACAACAGAAAAAUGACCAUUCACUUAAAUAAAUAUACAAGUAAUUUUUACACUCUCAGAAAAAAAUAUAUAUCAUAGCUUUUUGACUGUCUCUUCCCAGAAUAGUAAAUUAAUUUCACUUGCUUUAGUGACAUUGCAUAUUCAGCAAAAUACCUGGAUUUUAAAAGUGAGAAAUAAAGGAGUGAGAGUAUUUCUUCUGACCAAACAAAAACAGUACACUGAGCAAACUAAUGUCCAUCUUGGUUGCUAAAAAGGAAAAACAUUUAGAUUUUACUGUAAUUACCUAACACUGACCACUGAUAGCAUUCUUCUUCUGCACUAGCCCCCCAUUAACCUAUUUUAAGACCAGAGUAAUGGAGUUACCAAAGACACUGCCAACUAGCUCUUGCCUCUCAUAAGUUGUGGCAAUACUCACAACUGCUGGAAAAGAUGAAUCAUUGGAAGAGUAUUGGCAAUUCACAAUUUCUUGAUGUUUAGCUUGGGUGGGCCAAGUAUUUAAUAUGGUCAGCUGCAUCCACCGUAACACGCUCUUUAAGUUUGGAUUUUCUUGGAGAUUCAGACUGUACCUCAAAUGGUAGUUUUGGACUGCAAUACCUUGAUAUUUUAUAAACUUCAGAUAUAAUGGGGGCCCUGGUUUGUUGCUUUUCUGCAUGAUAAAUCUGGACAUGAGGAACAGUUUGUAAAUCGUAAGGAAUCCGCAAGCUGGCAUUUUGUACAUUUUGGCUAUUUUUUUUUAACAUAAAACAUCUCAUAAAAAGGUAAAAAGAAAAGGUGAUUAAUCAAAUCUUUUAAGUUUACAUUAUCCAUUCUACUUGCUUAAUCUUUGGUAUCAAGUCAGCGAUUAUCUUCAAAAAGUUUAAUACAAUAACUACCAAUUUGGCCCAUCAUAAUACUGACAACCACUUUGCAUAGUAUUGUCAUCAGAGAGCAAGAUGCUGUAAUGAAGCUCUAUUUCAUAAAACGGUAACAUAAAUAUAACCUUAAAAUAUCGUAGAAGGCAGCACUGUCGGUCUGAAUAUUCAUCAAAAGCACUACACAAAAUAAAUACUGAUACAUGAUA